AGCAGCGGGUCGCCACUGGGUGGUCGUAACCGUCCGACAGCGAUUUCAGCGCAGCAUCGCAUUGCAAGUAUUAAUCUGAGCAACGUUUUAUUGCAAGUGUUAACCCAGCAGAACUAUUUUUCAGGUGAAAUGGCUGGAAGAAAAAAGGACAUUCAAAUUGAGAUUCCGAUACACAAUGAAGCAGAAUGGGAUGAAAUGUUUGAAGCAAAAGGCUUAUCAGUAGUGGAUGUUCACCAAGGCUGGUGUGGACCAUGUAAAGCAAUCUUAAGUAUGUUCAGAAGAUUGAAAAUGGAAUUUGGGGAUGAGCUGUUACAUUUUCACACAGUUCAAGCCAGUCUUAUUCCAUUGCUACAAGGAUUUGAUGGAAAGUGUGAACCUGCCUUCUUAUUUAUUGUGGCUGGUAAAAUCGUGGAUUAUGUAAAAGGUGUCAAUGCACCAGUUAUUAAUAAAAAAAUUCUUGCAUAUUUGGAGAUGGAAACUGAAUACUAUGAGAAAGGAGUAGAACGUCAAGAAAUCCAAGCAGUUCAAUUAUAUGAUGUGGAAGAUGAAAUAGAAGAAUUUAUGCACGCAGCAACAUCCAGACAAGUUGACAAAAUUUUUACUGUGGUGGUAAUCAAACCAAAUGCAGUUAUUACUGGAAUUGAUAAUAAUAUCAAAGAGCAGAUUAGUGAGGCAGGAUUGCAAAUUAUGGUAGAAGAAACAGCACAAUUGACUGAGGAAGAAGCCAAAGAAUUGUACGAAUAUAAAAAGCAUCAGCGAAACUAUGAAGAGAUCGUGCAAACAAUGUCAAGUGGUGCUUGUGAUGUACUGUUAUUAUCUGGUGAAAUGAAAGGUUUUGAGUUUGAUGUGGAUGAAGCUGAAAUUGCCAAAACAAAUGACGAUGACAGUGACGUUAGAGACCUAGCCCACAAGCUAUUCAGUUUCUUCUUUCCCACAAUUUAUGAAAAGUACAAAAAAAUUGAAAGGACAUUAGCAAUCAUCAGACCACAACUUCUUGAAUUACAAAAAGUUGAGAUAUUAGAGGAGAUCGCAAAUGCUAGAUUUACGGUUGGACGGCAAAAAGAAAUUAAACUCAAAGAACGGCAAGUGACAGCAUUUUACGGCUUAAGUGAGAAAAAUGACUUGCCUCCAGAAUUUGUGGAAUAUAUGAUAAGCGGUCCAAUAUUGGCAUUAGCAUUGUUUAGAGACAAUGCAAUAAAACACUGGCGAAAUUUACUGGGACCUGAUGAUGUUGAACAAGCAAGACAGGACUAUCCAACAAGCCUGCGUGCAAGGUUUGCAUUAGAAGAUAUUCCAUUUAACCAGCUACAUGGGAGUCAGGACAUUGAAACUGCAAUGAAGGAAUUACAGUUUUUCUUUCCUGUCGAACAUACAUUGGUGGCAAUUAAACCUGAUACUGUACGACAAAACAAAGAUAUUAUUAUAGCCAAAAUCCAUGAAGGAAGCUUUACAAUCUCUGCAAUUAAAUCAAUUGUGAUGUCCCAGGAGAUAGCAGCAGAGUUCUACAAAGAUCAUGAAGAAGAGCCAUUCUUCAACCAAUUGAUAGAAAGUGUAUCUCAGGGUCCAUUAAUGGCUAUAAUUCUCACCAAGGAGAAUGCUGUUAAGGAGUGGAAGGAACUGAUGGGACCUGUAGAUCUUGAGCUGGCGAAGACAUCUUUUCCAAAUUCCCUUCGGGCUCAGCUUGAGUCUAGUAUUUUAAAAAAUGGGCUUCACAGUUCCUCCAAUGCAAAACAUGCUAAGGACCACAUUAAGAAAUUCUUUGGAGAUACACUCCUAGAUUCAUUUGGAGUUGUUCUAGAUGUGGGAGUAACUAUUUCCAGUACAGCUUUGCUAUCAGUGUCCCCUUCAGCUGAGCCUAGUACCACUGCUAUUGAACUUCCUGAAUUAGUGGACAUGGAGGCUCCCACUGAUGAGCAAGAAAUAAAUAAUUCUGAUGGUAAAGUUGCACCCGAGACCCAAGAUGUAUCUGUUCCUGGGGAAUUUGCUGAUUCUGACACCCUAAAUGCAUCUGCACCUGUUGAAGAUCUUGAUUCUGGUACUAGAGAUGUUAAUGCUCCUGGUGAAGUCGCUGUUAUCAGCACCAGCGACAUAACUGCUCCUGUUGAAAUAUCUGAUGUUGGCACAGGAGAUGUAGCUUCUCCUGCUAAAGUCCCCGAUGCUGGCACAGCAGAUGUAGCUUCUCCUGCUAAAGUCCCUGAUGCUGGCACAGCAGAUGGAACUGCUCUUGCUGAAGUCCCUGAUACCAGUACCCAAGACUUAAUGGUUCCUGAUGAAGACCCUGAUGUUGCCAUCCAAGAUAUAUCCACACCUAUUAAAGGCCCUGAUUCCACUACUCAAGAUGUAUUUGUUCCUAGUGAAGCCCCUGAUGCCAGUAACUUAGAUGUUUCCAUUCCUGGCGAGGCCCCUGACUCCACCACCCAAGAUAUACCUGUUCCUGAUGCCACUAUAAAAGAUGUAUCCAUUCCUGGUGAAGCCUCUGAUUUGACCAUUCAAAACGUACCUUCCUCUAGUGAAGAUCCUAAUGCCGGUACCCAAAAUGUAUCUGCUGCUAGUGAGGUCACUGAUUCCACCAUUCAAGAUGUUUCUGCUCAUGGUGAAGCCCCAGAUGCCUCUGAUUCCAGUUCUCAAGGCUUGUCUACACAAGGUGAAGCUCCUGAUGCAAACACUGAGGAUAUAUCCACUAAAGCACCUGAUGAUAAUGCAGAAGAUUUAUCUGCUCCUGCUGUAGCCUCAGAUGCUGAUGGUGGAGAAACAUCUGUUCCUGUUGAAGCUCCUGAUGCUAACACUGGAGGUACAUCUGCCGCUAUUGAAUUCCCUGAUGCUGGCAACGAAGAAUCAUCUGCUCCUAUUAAUACCACUGAUGCCAGCAAUGAAGAUGUGCCUGCUCCACGUGAAGUACCUGAUGCUGAUGAUGGAGGUACAUCUGCUACCAUUGAAGCCCCUGAUGCUGUAACUGAAGAUAUACCUACACCUACUGAAGCCACUAAUACUGGCAGUGAAGAUGCAUAUGCUCUCUGA